ACAAGAGAAAGAGAGAGAAAAAAGAAAGAAAGAAAAUAAAGGGGAAGUAUCACACGAGGGAGGUACAAUCGAAAUUAAAAAAAAAAAAAAAUAUAAACCCUACCUUUUGGCGGUAUUUGAACAAAAAUGAACACUUUUCUAUUCUCCUCAUUAUUCAUCGUGGCAUGCGUUCAAGCUGCCGACAUUAAAAUGUUUUGCAAAUGCUUUUGUGGAUCCAACUCAACCGUGUUUGAAAUACCCACCAUCGAUCCCAAGCCAUGCGCCAAUUGCACCAAACAAUUCUGUCUGGAUAAUGUCAAGGAUGGCAUGUGUGAUGGCAUUGCUGACGCCACUUGUCCUAGUAACGACUUCAAGACCGCAUGUUUUGCGCGUGAUUCAUACAAGGAUGAGUUUAUUGUACGUUCUUUCCUAUUCAUUACCUUUGGUUUGGUCCUAUUUGCAUUUAUUAAACCUUAUUACGACAAGUGGCAAAAGGAACGCAUCACGCAUGCUCAAUAUCAAACAGUGGCUCAUGAUGAACAAUAAACAUUUUUAAAAUAAAAUAAAUAAAAUCUUGGCUUUUUUUUUUUUUUU